UGGCAGGGAAAGUCAAGAGUGUAACAGGCGUUGACGCUUCAGAGGAAAUGGUAGCGGUGGCCGUUAAGACCAACUCUGCACCAAACGUAACAUACAGUCAAUGGGACGCCCGAGCCGUGGGAGACAACCAAGACUGGCGAGAGGGAUUCGACAAAGCUGUCUGUUUUUUCGUUCUUCACUGGUUUCCCGAGCAGACCCAAGCGCUCCGUAGCAUCUCGGCGUGUCUGAAGCCGGGCGGGCAGGCACUUUUGAUCAUCGACAACCACGAUGACCUCUUCAUUUUAAACCAAGUGACUUCCUUCUUGAAAAGUCACGAGAAGUGGGGUGCUUUUGUCCAGGACUACAAGUCAUCACUGUUCAUGUGGAACCUAUCAGUUCAAGAAACGCAGAAAGUCUUCAAAGAGUGUGGCUGGGCCGAGGCUAAGUGUGAAGUGCGGAGACACGAACUGCUCCUGUCUGAAAUUCAGUUAAAAUUGUUAUUGAAGACAAAUCUUGGAGAAACGCAGUUGAUACCAGCGGCAGCGCUGGAGGAUUAUUUGCAAGACCUGUGGCAGUGGGCGUUGGAUCGCUAUGGGGAUAAGUCUCAGCCCAGACAUGUCCUCUACGGUUAUGAAUCUAUGGUCGUGCACGCUUGGAAAUAAGACUUGAAACCCUGUGGCGUUUUUCACUUUCAAGGAUUUUGUUUGUGCCUUAUUUUGAUAUUUUUUUUCAGGUUCAGUAGAAUCUUUCCUCGUGGUUGUAGUAAAAAA